AUGGGAUUGAAGCUGGUCACCUCGCGCAUCGCUGCACUAAAUGGCUCACUACGUAAGCCUCGCUAUGCAUCGCACUACAACGCUGCUGUUCCCAGACACGAAUACUAUGACAGGAUCGACAGCAACAACGCAGUGCCAUGGGACCACUAUGCAAGGCCGGCCUCGGCUAGGCUGGACAUACUCAGUCUCAAACCUCCUGCGACAACAUCUGCUGCUCCUACAGUUGUUCCUUCGAUGGAUCGAGAAGGAGCAAUGCCAAGUCAAGAUCUGGAUAUGACUGCUAGUGCUGAACUUGGAGAUGAAAGGACAGACUCACAUAAGGCCAGCUUCAGAGGAUCAGAGAGGGAUGGUCAGAAUACGCCCAGCUAUCAAGGACUACCAGGACCAAACGGAAAGAAUGGACUUCCAGGUCUCCCUGGUGAAAAUGGAGGUUUUGGAAGUCCAGGAAGACGACCGAGGGGGCCUUGCCAAGAACAUACAUCUCAACUUUGCAAGGAAUGUCCACAAGGAGAAGACGGACCGAAGGGGCUGAAAGGAGAGCCAGGAACACCCGGACCACCCGGUAUUCCUGGGUCCAGAGGACUUAAUGGACUGCCAGGAAUAGCAGGGAGUCGAGGCGUUCGUGGACCACCUGGACUGCCUGGCCCGCCAGGUAUAGAGGGCGACUUCGGAGAAAUUCCUGAUGUUGAACCUCCCUUACCAGGAGAACCGGGACCUCCAGGAGUUGUUGAUGAGCUCCAGGUCCAGAAGGAAGAGCCAGGGAUCCACGGUGCGGUGGGCCCGCCAGGAGGUGCAGGAAUGUGCCCCACGUAUUGUGCAGUGGAUGGAGGAGUAUUCAUUGAACCAGACAGGGGAAGAUUUAAAUGGAUUCAGUAA